CCUAAAGCUAUCAUCAUUCUCAUCCUCAUAGCUAGGAUCGACGUUUUUAAAUCACGAAAGAAAGAAAUCAUGUCUGACAACGUUGGGCUCUCAACGCCGCGAGGCAGCGGUACGUCUGGGUAUGUCCAGCGCAAUCUAGCGCACCUAAAGCCGCGGGACCGCCCAGCGCCCUACAGCACUAAGGACUUCGACGCGAUGAAGCACCGCCAGCGGCAGCCGGACAAGGAGAUCCUAGAGCAUGACCGAAAGCGCGAGGUCGAAGUUAAAGUGUUCGAGCUGCGGGACCAGCUCGAGGAAGAAGGAGUCGACGAGGAUGAGAUCGAUAAGCGCUGCGACGUCCUACGUAAGGAAUUGCAAGAGAAGAUGAAUAAGGGCGGCCGAGACGCAAUGCCGCGGAAGCACUUAAAGUCACACCAGGUCCACGAGCUGGCCGACGCGAAGAUCAAAGAGAGCGAGCGGUUACGGAACGCGUUGAAGAUAAGCAAAAACUACGAGGAGGGAAGCCAUUGGAAGAGACAAGAGGAAAGAUUACGGAAGGCCAUUGAUAGGGAGGCAUCCGACCAGAAGGACAGAGACUAGUCCUGAAGACGUCCCUUUACUACUUGAAAACUGGCAUUGCACGAUUAUUCACGAGGUUGCGAAUCGGCGUUAAGGAUGGCUUAUUUUGAUUGAU